AUAUAUAUAUAUGUAUACAUAAAUAAUAAUUUUCGCUUUCGCUGCUGCGAUAUAUACUUUGAGACGAGACGAGACGACGACACCGCCGAGAAUUCUUGGAUUUCCAGAAGCCCCGAAUCGGCGAAUCAUCCAUCCAUCCAUCCCCUCCUCUCUCCCCGUCCAGCCGUCGUCCUCCUCUCCUCCCUUAUCAUCGAUCCGCCCGGCCGGUCGUCGGCAGCUGAACUCGUCUUCCUCUCCGCCGUGUCGCCGUCCUUGCCCGGCCUGUGAAGCAGGACCGGGGUUGAGCCUUUGCACGAGCAGACGAGCUAGAGUCUAAUAAGGGUAUAGAGAGACGUGCAUCAGUUGUCGCUCUGGAGGAACCUAUACCAAUGGUGAUGGUGAGCGUUGCGAGCCCAAGCCCGAGCCCGAGCCCGAUGGUGCGGUCGGAGGAGGACCUGGGUCCGCCGUGGCUGCGGCCGCUGCUGGGCACGAGCUUCUUCGUGCCGUGCCGGCUGCACCCGGAGCUGAGCAAGAACGAGUGCAACCUCUUCUGCCUCGGCUGCACCGGCGACGCCCUCUGCGCCUACUGCCUGCCGGCGCACCGCGACCACCACGUCGUGCAGAUCCGGCGGUCGUCGUACCACAACGUGAUCCGGGUGUCGGAGGUGGGGAAGCUGAUCGACAUCUCCCACGUGCAGACGUACGUGAUCAACAGCGCCAAGAUCGUGUUCCUCAACGGCCGGCCGCAGGCCAGGCCAGGCAAGGGCGUCACCAACACCUGUGAGAUCUGCUGCCGGAGCCUCCCGGACUCGUUCCGCUUCUGCUCCCUCGGAUGCAAGCUUGGAGGGAUGCAGUGGGACCCGAGCCUGACGUUCGCCAUACGGCCGAAGCGCGGGCAGGGCUCCGGCGACGACGGGUCCGGCUCCGACGACGACUCGUUCAGCCCCAAGAAGCCCCGGCGGAUGGCCGGCGGGUUCGACCUCAGCCGCUUCGAGCGGCCGGGCAUCCGGUGGUCCGACGACGAGGGUAGCAGGUCCAACAUCACGCCGCCGAUGAACCGGUGCCGGCCGUCCAGGAGGAAGGGCAUCCCCCACCGCGCCCCGUUCUACGGUUAGCGUUCAUGCAAUGCAACACACAAGUCAUCAAUCAACCUUUAAAAUAAACUCCCAUCUUCAGUCAGCACGAUAUAAUGCUGUGUGCCACUGAUCAGGUGUGAGCAGUGAAUCAAGCGAUCCAAAAUCUUCUGCUAGUGGUAUAUAGUAGGUCACCAUACAUAGCAGCUAGUAUAUAUAUAGCUAGCUAGGUACACAUAUGUUUAGCUAUAGCUUGUUACAUAUAUAGCUGUAUACGUACAUGAUGCAUGCAUACAUACAAAAUAAUGUAGGCGAAAGAUAUAUCUGUACAUGCCACCAGUAUAUUGACAAAGGUUUUCAGUAUGUGUAGACAUGAUCUGAAAGGAGAUAGAAACAUAUAGGUAGGGUUUUGGAUUUUAUUAGGUUGGCUAGUAGUAGUACGUAUAUAUAGUAGUCGAGAUUGAUAUGUGAAAAGGAACCAGCUAGCAUCAUGUAUUUAUCUCGGUUUGUAGUAUUUGGCUGCUUGCCUGCACCACCCAAUGCGUUUAUUAGCGUUGUGGUGCGAAGAUAAAAGUUUUUGUUAAUCUCCUCCCUGCUUAUAGGAGCUUAUUAAUCUGUACAUGUACAUAGAGUGUUUGUAUGCACACACGUGUAUGAUGAUGUAUGUAUAUGUUUGUGUACCAUCAGAAAUCAAAGAAAGAUAAGCGGAAGAAAUACCUUGUGGAGUGUGUGUGUGUAAUUAACUUGCCAUCUGCAAGAACGUCUGAAGUUUUAUAUAUGACUGAUAAAGUGCAUUUUUUUUUCU